UAAUAAUCUCCUCGGCGCGACGCCACGCCACCGACCAACGCGACAAGGCGAGACGACGCGCACGCGACACACAGCCAGCGGAAGCAGCAGCAGGACGACGAGGAGGAGGAGGAGAUAGCUUAGAUCCCGCUCGCCUCUGAUCCCCCCGGAUCCGAUCCGAGAUCCUCCACCCAUGGCGUCCGGCCGGUGCUGCACGUUCCUCGAGAUCCUGCUCGCCAUCAUCCUCCCGCCCCUCGGCGUCUUCCUCCGCUUCGGAUGCUGCAGCAUGGAGUUCUGCAUCUGCUUGCUUCUCACCAUCCUUGGCUAUGUCCCUGGCAUCAUCUACGCAGUCUAUGUGCUUGUUGCUCUUGACUCAGACCAGUACCAGAGGGAAUAUCAUACCCUUGCUUAGGCAGUCCACUUCAAUUCUGUCGAAACCUAUGCUCUAUCCAGAACAGCCAAGUUCUGCUGUUGAAUUGGUAUCUGGUAACUUCGUCUGGGUUUUUUGAUAUGGCGUUGUGAAUCUUGUGAUUAUAAAGUAGAAACAGUGGUUCGUAUCAAGGAGGACGAGGAGGCACCUAGUCAUUUGGUCGUUAAAUCUCCCUAUUCAUCUGUUUUGUGCUAAAUGUAUAAUUUUAUCUGGAUCUCUUGACUCCUUAUUUCAGUCUGUUAAAUGCUCAAACUGUGGUCUGGUCUCCAUUCUGUAAUUUUGAUUCAAGAAAAUAAGUUGUUGAGGGUAAAUAUUAUUGGUGUUUGUAUGUCAAUACCGUUGCAAUUCUUGCCUAUUUCGUCAUGGAAACAAUGGGGGUGAUUAUUUUGUUA